UGCGACAGGAGGCAGCUUCCUUUACGGUAGCGUGGCAGACAGCUGACUUGUUUGAGUGGCCGGCGGGAUUGUGCUUAUGUUUUCGUAUUGGAAGGUUUAAUCGACGCCAGGUUUUAUCCGUUAUACAAUGGAUGUGGGGGAAUUACUCAACUAUCAGCCUGACAGAGGAGCCAAGCGGCCCCGAGAUGAGGAUGUGGAAGACGAGCCCAGAGGGAGACAUCGUUUACCUGGAGUGCGGGAUUUAAGUAGGCAUGUAGACAGGACUGAACAAAACAAAGAUGAUUCUGGAGGAGACAAAAAGGCUUUUGAGAAGCUCAUGGACAAUGACGAAGAGCGUGAGGGAGAGCCACUGGAUGAAAGUUCUAUCAAGAAGAUGAUUUUGACAUUUGAGAAGAGAUCGUAUAAAAACCAGGAACUACGCAUUAAGUUUCCUGACAAUCCUGAAAAGUUCAUGGAGUCUGAGCUUGACUUGAAUGACAUCAUCCAGGAGAUUCAUGUAAUUGCCACCAUGCCUGACCUUUACCAUCUUCUGGUGGAGCUCAAUGCGGUUCAUUCCUUGCUUGGAUUGCUAAGCCACGAGAAUACAGAUGUUGCCAUUGCAGUAGUGGAUUUGUUACAGGAGUUGACAGACAUUGAUACGCUUCAUGAGAGUGAGGAAGGAGCUGAAGUGUUGAUCGAUGCACUGUUGGAAGGCCAGGUUGUUGCGUUACUUGUACAGAACAUGGAGCGGCUGGACGAGCAGGUGAAGGAGGAGGCAGGGGGAGUCUACAACACCCUAGCUAUCAUCGAGAACAUGGCAGAAUUCCGUCCUGAAAUGUGUACCGAGGCUGCCCAGCAAGGCCUCAUGCAGUGGCUGCUCAAAAGAAUAAAGGCCAAAAUGCCGUUUGAUGACAACAAGCUCUACUCCAGUGAGAUUCUUGCCAUCUUGCUUCAGAAUAACGACACCAAUAGAGAUUUGCUUGGCGAACUUGAUGGGAUUGAUGUGUUGCUGCAGCAACUUUCCGUUUUUAAGCGGCACAAUCCCAGCACACCUGAUGAGCAGGAGAUGAUGGAAAACCUUUUUGACUCUCUCUGUUCCUGCCUGAUGCAUGCUGCCAACAGGGAUCGCUUUCUGAAGGGAGAAGGGCUUCAGCUCAUGAACCUCAUGCUUAGGGAGAAGAAAAUGUCACGAACGAGUGCGCUAAAGGUGCUGGACCAUGCCAUGAUUGGCCCAGAAGGCACCGACAACUGUCACAAAUUCGUUGACAUUCUGGGCCUCCGCACCAUCUUUCCACUCUUCAUGAAAACACCCAAGAAAAUGAAGAAAGCCGGCAUAUCUGAUAAAGAACAUGAAGAGCACGUAUGUUCCAUUAUUGCAUCCAUGCUGCGCAAUCUAAAGGGCCAACAAAGAACACGCCUUCUGAGCAAAUUCACCGAGAAUGACUGUGAGAAGGUCGACAGACUGAUGGAGUUGCAUUUUAAAUACCUGGAAGCUGUGCAGCUGGCUGACAAGAAGAUUGAAGGCGAGAAGCACGACAUGGUGCGUAGGGGAGAAAUCAUCAGCGAUGUCAUGGAGGACGAGUUCUACCUGCGUCGCUUGGAUGCUGGACUCUUUGUGCUUCAGCUAAUCUGUUAUAUUAUGGUGGAAAUUAGCAAUGCAAAUAUUCCCCAGCUGCAGCAGAGAGUCCACCAGAUCCUAAAUCUCAGGGGAGGCUCAGUCAAAAUAGUGCGACACAUUAUGAGAGAAUAUGCUGAGAACAUUGGCGACGGCAAAAGUGAAGAAUUUAAGGAAACCGAACAGAAAAGGAUUCUGGAUUUGCUGGAGAACUUCUGAUUGGACAUUACCAAGUGAGGGGAGGUCUGGACCUCCAGUUUUUAACAUUAAAGCUAAGAAGGAGACAAGGAGUUCCAAAAGCCCCAGCACACAGAGCUCCUCUGGGAUUCAUCCUGGAUUUCACAUUUUUGUAAUGACCGUUUCAUUGAAACCCGUGAGUGCUGAAGUACAACCCCAUUUUAACACGCAAAGCCAUUGCUUUGCCCACUCUUUGUUCCUUUUUUUUUGUUCUCCUGCUGGCAUUUCUUUUUGUCUUCAGCAGUGGACAUGACUUUUUAAUGUAGAUGUUUUUUAUUUAAACUGGAAUCGCUGAAGUAGAAAAUCACAAUGAAUGUCAAUGUCGUGGUCUCGAUGGCCUGGUCAAAUGCCCUUGUUUUAUUCAUUGCUCACACUGUUGGCCAAUUAUGUGGAGGGAUGGCGAGAAGAGCCGAGUGCUGUCUUUGUCACGUGAUUUGACUGAAUUCACACAUUCUCUAUUAAAGAAUGCCACUGAGCUGUUCUUAUAGACGCUGUUGUUUUUGACACAUGCAGCUAAUGAGAUGUGAGGAACGAAAGCAAAAAAAAAAGAUGGCAGUUGUUUGGUCUGCUUUAUCAUCUUCACAUUUGGUUGAGUGUCUAUUAAAAUAAAGUAUUCACCCCCUUGCAGUUUUUCACAUUU